AUGCGAGGCGCCGCCGCCGCAUCGAUGGCGUUCCUCGCCAAGUUCCAGGAGAGGUGGGCGAGGGAGGCUGCUGGCGAGGAGGUGGAUAAGGAUGCGUGGCGUGAGGAGUCCUGGCUGGCGGCCAGGGCGACAGCAGAGGAGGCCGAGCGCAGCUUCGACAAGACCAAGGCCAACACGAAGACCAAGGCUCCACCGCACCAGUGCCAGUGGAGGCAUGAAGGACGCCUCGCAGGACACAAAGAGGGCCGAGAGCGCCACUGUGUGCAGCUCGGACGGCGCCAACACGGUAACACGGUGGACGUCACCGCCACUGCCCGCCCCACCGAGGAGGACCCCGCCGCCGCCAAGAAGGACAUCCCCCCCGCCACGCGCACACGAGGCGCCGCCCCACACCCGCCCCCCGCCCAGCCACCACCGACCAUGGCCACCACCGCCAAGAGCGCCGCCACCGAGGCCACCAAGAAGCCGCCCGCCAAGCCCACCAAGGCAGCCGCCCAGCCACCGCCCACCAAGGCCACCCCACACACGGCCCCCACGCAGCCACCACCGACCAAGGCCACCACCACCAUUUGCCCUUACUGCGGAUUUGCCCUUCGUGCGUGCGGUGCGUGUUGGAUAUUUUUCCAUGCAAUGGAUUCCAUUACUGGUGCAGUGCAGUUGGUGCAUGGCUCGUGGCUCGUGCCGUGGCCCAUGUGUGUCUGUCCGACGUGA